AUGUCACACUCAAACCGCACUGGCACCUCCUUCUUCCUCACGGGCCUCCCUGGUCUUGAGGCUGUGCACCUCUGGAUCUCCAUACCUCUGUGCGCCAUGUAUGUGGCCUCUCUAGCCGGGAACAGCCUGAUCCUGUGGGUGGUGAGGGCAGAGCCCUCGCUGCACCAGCCCAUGUACUAUUUUCUGUCCAUGCUGGCUGCCACUGACCUGGGACUGUCUGCCUCCACACUGCCCAGCAUGCUCCCCCUCUACAUGCUGGGGCUCAGGGAGGUGGCAGUGGACGUGUGCCUGGCCCAGCUCUUCUUCAUCCAUACAUUUUCCAUCAUGGAGUCGUCCGUGCUGCUGACCAUGGCCUUCGACCGUGUUGUGGCCAUCAGCAACCCCUUGCGCUAUGGCACCGUCCUCACGAGCUCCCGCAUUGCCGGCCUGGGCUUGGCUAUCGUGCUGCGCAGCGUUGGUCUGCACAUCCCAGCCCCCAUCAUGCUGAAGAGACUGCCUUACUGCCGCCACCGCCUGCUGUCCCACUCCUACUGCCUGCACCCGGAUGUCAUGAAGCUGGCCUGUGCUGACACCCGGGUCAACAGCGCCUACGGGCUCUUUGUGGUGCUUUCCACGCUGGGUUUGGACUCGGUGCUCAUUGUCCUCUCUUAUGUGCUGAUCCUCCAAACAGUGCUGUCCAUCGCCUCCAAAGCUGGGAGCCUCAAAGCCCUCAACACCUGUGUCUCCCACAUCUGUUCCGUGCUGCUCUUUUACACUCCUAUGAUUGGCCUUUCCAUGAUCCACCGAUUUGGGCAGCGGGCCUCCCCCUGCAGCCAGGUUGUGCUCUCUUAUCUCCACUUUCUUACUCCUCCAGUGCUCAAUCCUGUUGUUUACUCCAUCAAGACCAAGCAGAUCCGACUGAGGAUGGCACGUGUCUUCUGGUCGAGUGGAUCUGCCACGAGAGACACCCAGGGUCAUUAA